AAAGGUGCGGAUGCUUAUUCUAAGACCGACGCGACCUCCGCGCCCGGAGUCCGGGUCUCCACGGCGGCUUCUGGGAAGGAGCUCCUGGAGCUGCGUCCGCAGAGGCGCGCGUGGGAGCUCGGAGGGCCGAGGGAGGGAGGACCCGGCGAGAGCCGCGACUCCCCCUGGGGCCAUGGACUCGGACGCCAGCCUGGUGUCCAGCCGCCCGUCGUCGCCGGAGCCCGAUGACCUUUUCCUGCCGGCCCGGAGCAAGGGCAGCGGCGGCAGCGGCUUCACGGGAGGCACCGUGUCCUCGUCCACGCCGAACGACUGCCCGCCAGAGCUGAGCGCCGAGCUGCGCGGCGCCAUGGGCGCGGCGGGCAUGCACCCCGGGGACAAGCUGGGCGGCGGCGGCGGCGGCUUCAAGUCGUCCUCGUCCAGCACCUCGUCGUCCACGUCGUCGGCGGCCGCGUCGUCCACCAAGAAGGACAAGAAGCAGAUGACAGAGCCCGAGCUGCAGCAGCUGCGCCUCAAGAUCAACAGCCGCGAGCGCAAGCGCAUGCACGACCUGAACAUCGCCAUGGACGGGCUGCGCGAAGUCAUGCCCUACGCUCACGGCCCGUCGGUGCGCAAGCUCUCCAAGAUCGCCACGCUGCUGCUGGCGCGCAACUACAUCCUCAUGCUCACCAACUCGCUGGAGGAGAUGAAGCGGCUGGUGAGCGAGAUCUACGGCGGCCACCACGCCGGCUUCCACCCCUCCGCCUGCGGCGGCCUGGCCCACUCCGCGCCCCUGCCCGGCGCCGCCGCGCACCCCGCGGCCGCCGCGCACGCCGCGCACCACCCCGCGGUGCACCAUCCUAUCCUGCCUCCCGCUGCCGCCGCCGCCGCUGCGGCUGCGGCGGCCGCCGCGGUGUCCAGCGCUUCCUUGCCGGGCUCCGGGUUGUCGUCGGUCGGCUCCAUCCGGCCCCCGCACGGCCUGCUCAAGUCUCCGUCCGCCGCGGCGGCGGCCCCGCUGGGGAGCGGGGGCGGCGGCAGCGGGGGUGGCGGCGGCUUCCAGCACUGGGGCGGCAUGCCCUGCCCCUGCAGCAUGUGCCAGGUGCCGCCGCCGCACCACCACGUGUCGGCCAUGGGCGCCGGCAGCCUGCCGCGCCUCACCUCCGACGCCAAGUGAGUUGGCUCAGGCAGGCUCGGCCUGGCGAGCGGGGGGCCCGGAGGCUGCGGGGAAUCGUGCACUGGCCGGCGCUGGGCCCGGGAGCUCAGUUCCGAGGAGGAGCGCAGGACCUUGGGCUGGGGGUGGGUUCGCUGGUGCGGACUCCGGGCUCCCCGGGGCGCACUCGGCGUUGGGGAGGGAGAGGGACAUUCGCUCCGGGACUCGGUUCAGCCCCCUCAGGCUUUCCACAGCGCGCGCCCGGCAGACACCAUGUAAUCCGAAGGCACCGCUAGGCGCACUCCGCCCCAAACACCCCCGCUCUUCCCCCAAAAGAAAUGAUUCUAAGAACCGGUUUCCCAGGGCACUCGGCCUCACCCCGCCGGGCUGCACGUGGUUACGCGGGGGAGGGGUGUUGGGGACUUCCUCUCCUUCUCCUUUCUGGACGGGCCGGGGACUCCGGAGAGCGGCACCCCGCGAACGGCCCGCAGGCUCGCCUCUGACCCGGGCCAGGGCUCCCAGAUAGCUGGAAGCGGGCGCUCGGUACCAGGAGCACUUACGGUGGCGGCCAGUCGCGGACUCCGGUCAACCCGCCGCCACCCCCCGAGAACGGCGGCGGGUCCUCCCUGCCGCUGCCAUCGGUUUAGGGCGUGCGGUCCUCGGCCCUUUUUCAGCAGCAGGAAGGAGCCGUGUGGAGGUCGGACCAGAGCCGCUUGUGGAUUGAAAGAAGCGGACACCGUCGACUUGGGGAGGGGGGGCGGGUCGUUUUUGGUUAUUUUAAAAUAGAUUUCCCCUCCCCACCUCGUUUCAGCCUCUGAGCACAGAGCGGUCGGGCUCCUGGCCGGAUCCGGGGCGGCCUCGGGCCCCGAGGGUUUGUCGGAACUUGCGGUCUGUCGCUGUGACUAGAGCCCGGGUUAUUUGGGGAUUCUGUUGGCUUUUUCACGUUUUCCUUCUCGGAUGUGUACAUAUAAUCUCAGUAACGAGGCGCGUGCGCGCUGCUGCUCGGUAAGCUCACGCGACUGCCAGCCCUGCCAGAGGCUAAGCCCGGUCUCCCCUCCAUCGGUUUCUUUUCGCCACUUUUUAACACGAAUGACAGACUCUUCCACGCGCUUCUGCGCCCCCGCGCAGCACCUCCGCGCCGCCAGCGCUGCGGUUCGGCUGCACCGCGUCCGUCCGUCCGUCCGUCCGCCCGUCCGCCCGCCACGUAACAUCCCUCCUCUGAUCGCUGCCCCUCGCAGAGAGUGUAUCAUCUGUUUUAUUUUUGUAAAAAGAAAAAAAGUGCUAAAUAAUAUUUAUUACCUGUUUGGUUGCAAAAAAAAAAAGAACCGAAAUAAAUGA